AUGGCAACGAUAAGGAACUUGAAGAUACAAACAUCAACAUGUAAAAGGAUUGUGAAAGAGCUUCACUCUUAUGAGAAAGAGGUUGAGAGAGAAGCUGCUAAGACUGCUGAUAUGAAGGACAAAGGUGCUGACCCUUACGACCUUAAACAGCAGGAAAACGUUUUGGGUGAGUCAAGGAUGAUGAUUCCGGAUUGCCACAAGCGUCUUGCGGCUGCAAUAGCUGACCUGAAGUCCACUUUGGUAUAUAUAUACACUUUUUCAAUCGCCGAAAUGGAAGAGACGGAUGGUCCUGAAGUUGAAGAUGCAAAGAAGACUGUCGCGGACUUGGAGAAGCAGUUUCCAACUGAAGAGGCCUGA